AUAAAAAUAAUAAAUUUUUCACAAUUAACCAAAAAAAUCGUCGAUGAAAAAGCUGCAGUUAUAUUCUUCCAAAGUCAUGGAAUAAUUCCUGAAGAAAAGGAAUGCAGUAAGAAACAUCAAAUGAAACUGCAGUUUGGGAAGCAGAUCCGUUGGAGAUGCUACAUUAAGGAAUGUAAGAAAGAAUCUGGAGUACGAGUAGAAACUUGGUUUCAAGAUACCAAGAUCCUCUUCAAGACGGCAGUUUCAUUUAUUUACUGGUGGGAACAAGAACAUAUUUCCGUGGAUUUUUGCAAGAAGGAGCUGGAAAUGAACCACAAUACAAAUAUAAAAAUAAUAAAUUUUUCACAAUUAACCAAAAAAAUCGUCGAUGAAAAAGCUGCAGUUAUAUUCUUCCAAAGUCAUGGAAUAAUUCCUGAAGAAAAGGAAUGCAGUAAGAAACAUCAAAUGAAACUGCAGUUUGGGAAGCAGAUCCGUUGGAGAUGCUACAUUAAGGAAUGUAGGGAAGAAUCUGGAAUACGAGUAGGAACUUGGUUUCAAGAUACCAAGUUCCACUUCAAGACGGCAGUUUCAUUUAUUUACUGGUGGGAACAAGAACAUACUUCCGUGGAUUUUUGCAAGAAGGAGCUGGAAAUGAACCACAAUACAAAUGUAGAUUUCAACAACUACUUCCAAGAGGUAUGUCUUUAUGUAGAAAGCAGGGAUCAAAAUCCCAUUGGAGGAAAGGGGAAAACUGUGGAAGUAGACAAAAACCAUUCGUCAGGAGGAAGAACCACUGUGGCCGCAUGCUUCAGCAACAGUAGUGUUUUGGAGGCAUCUGCAGAGAAACGAAGCACUGCUUCGUGA